AUGGAACUUAGUCAUGCAGAACGCCCACCACCCUCAACGUGGACUGCAACAGAUGUCCAACAAUGGGCGGUGGACAUGAGGCUAGCUCAAGAGGCCGUUGUCGGUUUGUCGGAAAAUCAAAUCGAUGGGGCAACUCUCAUCACUUUAAGCAAAUCAGAACUCAGGGAAGACCUAGGCAUCAAGUCUCUGGCCGCAAGGCGACAUCUGCUGGACCUUAUUCGGUCACUCCAAAUUCAGAACGAAACGAGUGACUUUUCUGCAGCAAUGGAUGUCCACGACGAAGAAAUUCGGCGCUUUGCCGCAAUACAAGUGUCCAACAACAGUGCGGGUGCAGAUGCGGCUGCCAUUGGGCAUACCGUGAAUAUGAUCAAUCCAACACACCUUGCAAUUGCGCAUGAGCUUGAUUCAGAUGCACAGCGUCAACGACAAGUUAUCUCUGAUCAUCUUCUAGCAUGUCGCAUUCAACGCGAUCUCCAGCGUGGCCUUCCAGCCUAUGAAGAUGCUCAAACUGCACACGAAGAGCAACAACGGCUCAAUGCCUUGUUCCAACGAGAAGAGCAAGACUACAUUUAUGCGGAGAGCCUCGCGACCGGACGAGAACGUGCCCACGUACAAUCUCGGCGUCAACGAGAGACGGCAGAACCCCAGCCCAUUCCUCCUGCUGCAGUUGUUGGAGGCAAUGAACGAGCCAUUCCAAGCACCGCAAGCCGAGUGGCCACCCUUUUUGGUCUAUCCAUGAAGGUGUGCGCUGACAACAAAGUCAAUGUCGCCCAAGCUUUUUCGACUGGAAAAGUCAAGCCCAUCACGACGCCUGCACUUGUCAGCGACGACGAUGAUGAUGAUGAUAAUGACAACGAUGGUGGCGGCGGUGUCAAGUACCGAUACCACAAUAAGAACACCCAAGAAGACAAGCGCAAGCCAGCACCCAUGCCCAAGGGACUGCAUAAUCUUCCUUUCGUGGACCAAUGCAGUGUGUGCUUUGAUAAGAAUGUCAAAGGAUAUCACUUGGCCUGUGAGCAUCGUCAGUGCAUUCCAUGCACUCGAAGGCUCUUCAAGACAGGGCUCAAGGAUAAUACUCUCUUGCCUUUGCGAUGUUGCGAGGUGCCCAUUGACAUGAGUAUUGCCAAGGAUCUUCUCAAAGAAAAGGAGGCCAACUUGAUUCUACAGCGCGUAGAAGAGCUUGGGGCAGCGAAUAAGAUGUAUUGUCCCACCUGCAAUUCGUUUCUGAAUCUCGAUCUGGUUGACGCCUCGCAAUCGGUGACGGUACAAUGCUCCUGUAAGACCCACCUAUGUGUCGCUUGCAAAACAACUGCCCAUCCUGGUAUUUCGUGCAGGCAGCACCAACGGCAGCGUCUCAAUGAUUCCUCAGAUGAUGGCCGUGCCUUGUUUCUUGCCCUUUCUCGUGACAAGGGAUGGAAGCAGUGCCCAAAGUGUUCAGAAAUGAUUGAGCUUCGUUCAGGUUGCAACCACAUGACCUGCGCCAAUUGCAGGCAUGAAUUUUGCUACAAGUGUCUUGAAAAAUGGAGUACUGGCAAUGGUCAAUGCACUUCCGGUCGAUGCGAGCUAUGGGAUGAAAAUCGACUUCUGGAAGCUGGUGAAGCUCGUGUUCAACAGGAAGAACAAGCUCGGGGAGAAGCAAUCGCGGGGCCUGCCCGUCAAGAACGCCUUCGAGUCGCGGUGGCUGGGUUGCGUCAAAACGAAAUUUGCGCUCAUAAUUGGGUCCGCAGUGGAGGUUACAAGGGCUUAUGUCCGAAUUGUUCCUUUGAGAUGUUUGCAUACGGAAUGAGAUGCAGUUCCGAUUGUGGUUCGACCGUGUGCUACACCUGUGCCCACCAUCGUAUCCCACAACGUGGAUGGCGCUGA